CCGCCGAGAAGAAAGUCAUCAUUGUCGCACGUUCAGCGGUCGCUCCGACGUCGGAGCCCAUACAGAAGCCCACUGUAGCACCGCUGCGGACAUCCACGCCGCUACCGCCCGUCGCUGAAAUUAAACCAACAGUAGCGCCUACUAAGGCACCUGUAGCCAUUGUUAACGAACCACCAAAACUUACCACGAAAACCAAGGAAAAAGAAGUUACACUGGAAGUGGCACCCGAAGCACACCCGCUGUCAGUCCCACCCACGACGAACGUGUCAGCCCCUCAGGAACAAGCACUGCCAAAGCAGACUAAUCCAUUGCUGGUGACCGGCUUCAUCACAGAAAAUGGCAACAUUUAUGAGGUCACCGACAAAAAUGGCAUAGGCAUGAUCGAACCUCGUCAGAGUCCGCAGAGCGACGACGCUGAACAACAUGUCUGCAAUUAUGGUGCUAUUGUUAUCUAUAGCGAUGUACCCUGCAAUGAGGCUAAUGUACGCAUUGGUGAUGUUCAUCAUAAGGUAGUGAGCCUAGCGCAUCGUGAGCAAAUGCCCGAGGAAUCGCAACAGUCUCCGAUUGUGGUGCAGCAAGUGAGCGCAGACAAAAAUGUCACCACCAGUGGCGAUGCUAAUGCCAACUCCGCCGAUUCUCAUGCGAAUAACGAUGAUACCAUCGGCGAUGUCGAUGUUACUCAGCCAAAGCCGGCAAAGAAACGCCGACGUGUCAAUAAGAACUCCAGCAAUAAGCGUAGACGCAAUGGCUACGAUAGUCGUCCAAAUUCAGUGCGCCAAGGUAGUGGCAGUCGGCGCCGACAGCAAGCAGAGCAGCAACAACAGCGUCGUCGUUUGCAGAACAAUAGGAAUAAACAACAAAAGCAACGAAAACGUGUGCAACAACAGCAAGAAGAGGAGCCGUUUAGACGUCGUAGCCAGUAUACCAAUAGCAAUGGACAGCGAAGACACGGUUCAAACAACAACAAAAGACGCUAUGUUGUCUAUGAUGACUAUGACUAUUAG